AUGUUUGCAGUGCACAAGACAGCUGCGAGAGAACUAGGCCUGAACCACCCCAAAACGGCGGAGCUCGCAGAGCUGGGGCACAAACUGGCGAACGCUGAGAAGGACGGGGUCGACAUUCUCAAUCUGCUGCCGAAGUACACAGAAGACAACGCCGAGGGCGGCGGUGGUAAGAACAAUGGCGGCAAGGACCUGUCUCCAAAUAAACUGCGUGCUGGACGCGAUGUGCAGGCGGAACUCCGGAAACGUUUGAAGCGCGCGAAGGAGUUCAAAUUUCUCGAUGUAUUUUCUUCCGCGCAGGCAAAAGACCUUGAGGACUUCUGUGGACUGCCGCGCGACCAGCUGAAGGCACUGACGGACCAAAAGGAGCGGCAUAAAGAAGACAGCCGGGCGAGCAUUGCUGUUCCUCCGUUGGUGAGCCGGAGCAUGAGUUUGAAGGCCUUGGCCUCAGCGUUCAGCUUUGCGCAGCACGGCCCGGAGAGGGACAUCGAAGGCGAGGAUAGUGAGGAAUUACCUCCGGACCAUGAAGAGCUUACGCGCUGUGCCAAGAAGCACCUUGAGGCAGCAGCGAAGAAACUUCCAGAAAUUGCAAAGGAUACGGUAAGCGAGUAUUUGAAGCUGAGGCCGAAGUGUUUGCCGUCGGAGGAUGCAGCACAGUGGACAAAGUGGAACGGACAAACUCUCCCGGAGCUUCGACAGGCGUUUCUCGGGAACGUCAACAAGGCCGCAGAUGGAGUUCAUUCGUUCGAUAACAAGCUGCGGACUGCCCUGCUGCUGUACGCGUCCUCCAUUUUGAUGGAGCACACCUACUCCGAGGCCGAGAAAAUAGAGGCGGAAGCAGAGACUGAAAAGAGUGAUCAAGACGGAGGUGUGCAAGAAGCGCAGGCCGUCUCGUCGGAUUCAGAAAUCAUCGAUGAAGAAGACGACCUUCUCGCGGACGAUAAUCCACCGAUGAACAACAUCAAGAAGAAGCCAAAAAACAAGAAAGCGGGAAAAAGAAACGCUGGAGAAGUCAAGAAAAACGAGAAGGGGCAAGUGAAAAAGAAGCCAUCCUUUUUUUCGUGGUCGAAAUUUCUCGGAAAGCUUGACUUCGAGGAAGAAGCACUGCUGAAGAAAUUGACAGCAACACACAACAGAAAAGCAAGCGCGAAAGGAAAGCCGAAGUCGAAAAAUGCAGAAAGGACAUUUGGCGAGCUGCAGUUGGAGCAAUUAAGUCAGAGCCUGGGUGAUGAUAUAGAGGCUGAUGAAUCUUUUGACAUCGAGAAAAAGUUUGAGGACGAAGCUAGCGAGCAGGCGACACGAAACCAAAAUACUCUAAAAGCACGCAAGCUCCGGCGUGCCCCGUUUGAGCUGGCAUUUGGGAACUUGUGUCGCCUCGCAUCCCUCGUGCGAGCCCGAUCGCGGCACGAGACGGACGAGGAAGACGGCUACGCUCUUUCGCGAGGGCAAGGAGGCGAAGCGCCCGAGCCGGAAAACAUGCUGCAAUACACAACACGACGAGUGUCGCAGCUCUGGUUCUCGCAGAAGACGAUCUCGCCUACGUUUAGUGAUGUCAAUCAAGGAGCCCCGGCAAACCUAGCCGUUGAAAUUUGUGCGGGCCGCAUUUCGGUGUUUGAAAUUCCGGCGGUAAGGGUGCUCGAGGUGGAUCACGGAUGGGUCUCGAUUGGUGCGGGCAAUCCGGAGCCGUGGCUGCAACCUGAGGUUUUAAGAUCGCAGCAGGUGGGCUUGCAGUUGUUCUCGUUGGAUAACCGUCGCCUCCAUGCAAUGAAGUGUGCGCAGAGUCAGAUUUUUGCGGAAGUAACCUGCAACCACGACCGAACACUUCGCGCUCCAAUAAUCGUGCUCGGCGAAGAGAAGCUCCGCACGUUCUCCGCAGACACGUUGAAAGAUUUCCGCGGGCGCUUUUCAACGAAGGACUCUGGGAGGAGCAUUGUGGUGACUGGGGAAAGCCAUCGAGACAAAAUAUCGCGUAUUCGCUACACGCAGGAGUGGGCGACAGAUCAUGGUAGAUACACUUACACUUACGAAUGUCGCGAUGAUGAAGAUCGCAAGAGCAAAUAG